AUACAGGAAGCGCAACUGUCGCCAGACGGGACAUGUAUCUUCACCUCCGAUUACAAUCGCGCGUUCUCCGUCUAUCCCAUCGGUACUGACAUACUCGAAUCGACCGCUACACAACCUCUGAAGAUGUAUGCUCAAUUCCAGUCUGCAGAUCCCAUCUGGGCGUUUGCGGCUAACCCUCUGUUCAACUUGCAGGAUUCCAGCAGUACGCAUGUACUUGUCAGUCGGCGGGACAGAUACAUCACUCUACAUAAUGCACUCUGGGAUGUGUCUGGCGCAAACACUGGUCCAGAAUCGCAAAGCUCUCCUGUCGACAUCCACACACCUCUGGCCUCCUACAAGCUCAUCAACCACCUCAACGAAGCCGUCACCGCACCACUCAGCCUCGCUUAUUCGACUUCUGGAACCCACUUCUUCGCCGGCGGGCAGAACGGCAUAGCCAUCUUCAACCUGACCAACACAGACGAUCCCAUCCACACCAUUCCCACUAUCCCCUCCAAGCGCAACAAACUCAAAGGCGGCGGUCGCGGCUUCAAAGGCUACAUCUCCGCGCUAUCCGUCUCACCGCCGACUACCACCUCUUCAGAAGGCCUCCUAGCCGCAGGCGCACGUACACGCUACGUAGGCAUCUACGACUGCAUCAGCGGCAGUGAAGUGACGCACUUCUCGCUCCCCGGCACCGUUGACGGGAAGAAAGUACGAAACGAGAACGUAACACACAUCAUGGGCGAAGGGGUCUCAAGUCUCAAAUGGAGCCCAUGCGGUCGGUACUUGUACGUUGCGGAGCGCCAGUCCGAUGUCCUGCUCAUCUACGAUGUGCGGAACUUCUCGCUUGCGCUGGGGUACUGUGCAGGAAGGAAAGCACUUACGAGACAGAAACUGGGGUUUGAUGUGUGGAAUGCUGGGGCUUCACCUUAUGAUGUUGAGAGCAUUGCGCAUGAGGUCUGGGCUGGUGGGACGGAUGGGAAGGUGCGGGUAUGGAAGGAUCCGUACAUGAAGGAUGGUGCUGUUGAAGCGGAUGAGGUGGUCGAGGUUGGCGAUGGGGGUUCGAUGCCGAUUGUCAGUACACUUGUGCACGUGGCUGGUAGUCUGGCGGUGACUGCACGUGGAACCCUAGAGGCUGGGGAAGGUACUGCGGAAGGGGGUAUCAGAAGAGGUGGGGGCACUAGACCUAGGUUCUCCGAGCUAGGUUGCCUUGAUAUUCUUGGGCUA